UCGUGUUCGUUCAGUUCGAUUUCAACUGUUGACGUGUUUGCAAGCGUGUUAUCGUCGUGCGUCCGCUCGUUCGUAUUUUGCUAUCGAUUCUCGUCUCGCCGCGACAACAACAAAGAAAGCUCGAAAAACGCGUCGGCAAAUUUACUAAAACACACAGAGCUCAAGAAGUGUACCAAAAAUACAACAAAAGAAAAACCACAGAAAGAAAACCCAGUAAAAACAAGCAGUGUGAUUGAAACAGUGUGCUAAAAAUGUAAGAUCAAAAUGUGUGAUCCACGAUCAUAGAAAAACAAAAUAAAGAAAAAACAAAAAAUCAAAAUCAAAAGUUUUUAACGCUAGCCACCGUGAAAUUCAUUAUCCUUAUCGAGCGAUCAGCCUUUGAAGCCCCUAAUAUCAAAAAAAAAAAAUAAAAAACGAAAAAAAACAGAAAUGCUGACACAAGCAUUCGAAAAAUCUGGCACUUGCGCUUAUCAAUUUAUUGCUAUCAACUAAAGCGCGCGGAGAACGAAGAAAAAACAAAAACAAGAAGACAUUUAAUGAAAAGUGUUUGCUUCUCUAUUUCUUUUUUUCCACUUCACUUAUCGCAGAGCUGCUUCUGCAGCCGAUAGAUAGAUAAAUUGAUUGAGUUUUCGACUCAAAAGGCAAGGCAAUGGUUAUUUGCUUUUCUUCCACCUUCGGGAGGUAACAAAUUAUGUUGCCUUAUCGCCGUUCUUUUCGUAGCGCAAUUGUCAAUUGAACGAUAGGCAUCUGGGCACCUUAAAGAUACAGUCCACACAAGCUCGGGUCCAACUUGGUCUGUAUUAUUAAUAUUUUUUUUUGAAGCCAAAAGCAAACAAAGAAAGCAAACACAAAAAAAACUCCCGUUGAUAGUAAUCAUUUCGAAAAGAAAUCAACGAGUGCAAUGCACACAGCUCGCAGUACAAACAUAUAUGCUAUCUAUUGCUGAUAAGCCAAAAAUUCCCCAAAAAUUCGGCUACCUGUCUAAAUCAAUAUAGGAGUGUUGUCUCUGCGAUAUGGCGAUAUAUCUUGGGCCGUAAGAAACCCCACCGAUAGACAGACAGACAGACAGAUGCCAGUUAGCAAUUCAAGCUCUUCGAUAAACCUUUAAAUCGCGUCUAAUUGGGCCCACACAUCGGCACAUGGAACACCUAGAAACACACACCUGCUCGUCAAGUAUCUGUAUCUCAGGCGCCUGCAUUUGACAUCCCGCAGAUACGAAAUACCUUUUGUUCUGUGUUCUGUGUGUGUGUAAACAUUGUGACAAUGCAAUUGUUAGGGCUACAUGUUUAUUAGGUCCCUUGGGCGGGAUAUCGGUCAUCAAUCAACCGAUGAAUGCCAAAAACUACACUCUUUAGUUUUGCCAAUUCCCACACUCACCACACUACGCAGCGAAUCCAAAAGUCCAAUCGUAAAUCAACUCGUGGUUAUCCUGUAUAACUCUAUAACUGUUUAACUGUAUAACUGUACCGCGCAGCCAUAAAGCCAUAAAAACAAUUGAACAAAAAAUGUAAAGCUCGCGAUAAGGGAGAGUGAGUGAUAACGCCGGGCUACCGUUAAAAUCUUAUCAACAGCAGACACCCAGUUGCACUUCAGUUGCUAAAGUUGUCGAAUAUUUCUUGUUGACUUCCACAGAUAGAGAGAGAGAGAGAGUUGUUUUGUGUUCGGAACUCAGAAAAAUGUGUGGCUAUUAAGGCACUCGACAAGCGGAAACACAGAGGCCCAAUCCCGAUUCCGAAUCCGAUUCCUCCUGCCCCCCGGUAGCACAGAAAAACAUUCAAAAUUAUACUCGAAAUGGAUAUGACCUCAACAGCGGAGGCUGCCGCUCGCAGCUGGUACGACAGUCCGCGCUUAGGGGGCGGCGGUGGUUCCUCCGGCGGCGGCGGCGGCGGCAACGGGGGCGGCGUCUCGCCCCAAACGAACGGCCUUGGCAGCGCCGGCAGCAGCCUGGCCCAUAGCCACCACAGCCUCUCCAGCGGCGCCAGCUCGGCGGGCAGCAGUGUGGGCGUGGGCGCAGCGCUGGGCGGCGGCGGCGGCGGCUCCGGACUGGACACCAGCGACAUGAGCGCCUUCUACGCGCUGGAGAGCAACGGACACCACCGGCGCUACUAUCCCAGCUACCAUCAGCACACAUCCCGCAUGCCCUCCACCCAUGCCACGCCCCAAGUGUGCCGGCCCCACUUCCACACCCCGCUGAGUCCCUGGCUGACCAGCGAGCACAAGUCCUUCGCCCCCGCCAGCGCCUGGAGCAUGGGCCAGUUCGCCUGCCCCCAGGAGCCGCAGGUGGAGCACAAGCUGGGCCAGAUGGGCCAGAGCCACCAGACGACGGCCGCCGGCCAGCACUCGUUCCCCUUCCCGCCGACGCCGCCAAAGGACUCCACGCCCGAUUCCGUGCAAACCGGUCCAUCCGAGUAUCAGGCCGUGAUGAACGCGUUUAUGCACCAGCAGGCCACGGGCUCUACCUCACUGACGGACGCCAGCUGUGCGCUGGACAUCAAGCCGUCGAUCCAGAACGGCAGUGCGAGCGGAUCCUCCGGCAGCGGCGCCACCCACACGUCGGCGCCCAAGCAGCGCGAAGAGGGACGCGAGUGUGUGAACUGCGGCGCCACAUCGACGCCACUGUGGCGACGCGAUGGAACGGGACACUAUCUGUGCAACGCCUGUGGCCUGUACUAUAAAAUGAACGGCCAAAACCGACCGCUGAUCAAGCCAAAGCGAAGACUGACCCUGCAAUCGCUGCAGAGUGCGGCCAAAAGGGCGGGCACAUCCUGCGCCAACUGCAAGACCACAACCACAACCCUUUGGCGACGAAAUGCCAGCGGCGAACCCGUGUGCAACGCCUGCGGAUUAUACUACAAGCUGCACAAUGUCAAUCGUCCGCUUACAAUGAAAAAGGAGGGCAUCCAGACGCGUAAUCGCAAGCUGAGUUCCAAGUCCAAGAAGAAGAAGGGUCUGGGUGGCGGUUGUCUGCCAAUUGGAGGACACUUGGGCAUGGGCGACUUCAAGCCACUGGAUCCUUCUAAAGGAUUCGGCGGCGGCUUCUCGGCCUCCAUGGCUCAACAUGGACACCUUUCGAGCGGACUGCAUCCGGCACAUGCGCACAUGCACGGCAGCUGGUACACCGGCGGCAUGGGCGCCCUGGGCGCCUCCAGCGGACUGCAGGGCGGCUUCUCCACCGCCGGCUCUCUCGGCGGAGCGGUGGUGCCCCACUCGCAGCCCUACCACUUGGGUCUCAGUUCGAUGGGCACCUGGCGCACUGACUACACGUGAUGGAGCGGGAAUAACUUGAACAACAAUCUGUUCAGUUAGAGCCGCGACUCACCCACUCCUCAAUCGACUUGAUCGAGCAGUGAAUAAAUCGAGACAAAACGAAGCAAAGAAGAAAAGAAAAGUAAACCAGACAAAACACAAUGCCAAACUGAGGACUCCUUGGCCAGCAAUUGACAGUGGCACCAAGCCCUUGACAUCCCAACGAAAAAAUAUUGUUAUUAUUAUGGAGAUGGAGAUGGAUUGUGGGGGCGGUGUGCGGACUGGACGAACGCUGGCUAUUCCUAAUUGUAAACAUUGCGUGCAAUUUUUAAUUAUUUAAGCUUUGUCGCUGUUGUUGCUGCUAUUGCGAGCCGAGUGGCCCGGCAGCAAUAACAAAAGCCCCAUUAAAAUUAAUUAAAGGGCUGCACAUUACUUUUAUUUUAUUUUCCUUUAUGGCUUUUCUGUGAGUGUUUGUAUAGUUUUUCCUUAUGUUUCAUAUUGCGCUUAAUUAAUUUAAUUUCUCGCCGCAAAUUCAGUGUAUUUAAUUGUGCUUUAUGAACUGCCAUAAAACAGAAUGAGGGGGAAAUUUCAUAAAUAUUUAUUGUGUACAUAUAACAGAAAACGAGAAUCAAGCACACAGAGAACUAAAAUUAUUAUUAUAUACAAUAAACAAAAACAGUUACAAUGCACGUCCAAAAGUAAACAUUUUUGUAUAAAUUAAAACAAAAUAACAAAAAUCGUAGGUAUAAGAAAAGUUGCUUGAGAUGUUUGUCCUAAUUCGCAAAAUGCAAUUGAAAAUUGCACAAAUACUUUAGAGCGUAUGCCUACUGUAAACUAGUUAAAUUCUUAGACUCUAAACAAAACAGACGUGAUAAACAAAAAGUAAAAUCUAUAUAUAUAAAUAUUAAUAUAACAAAUUUCACUAAAGCGCGCCAUUAGCAAUUGUAAAAUAAAUUUAACAAAAGGCAGAGAGGGAAAAUGUUUUUGAUUGAAAGCAAAGGCCGCCGUCAACUUUUUAAACACAAAACACACUUUAAUGUUCAAUGUUAAUGCCUAAGUCUUAAAAAUAUACACACAUACACAUUAAAAUAUGCAUAGACUUAAGCGUAAUGUAAUAAAUUUAAUUAAAUUAAAUGUUAAAGGCAAUUUGUAAAAUACAUUUGUUAGCAAUUUUUGUAAAAUUAUAGAGAAAACAAAAAAAGAAAAAUCGCAAAAAAAAAAACAAAUCCAACUAAACAUAAAACUUUAACCCUUUAAGUUGUGUGUAUAAAGCCAGUUUAGUCCUAACCUAAUUUAUGUCUGAGGUAUAAACAGAAUACGAUAUGUAUAACUAUAUAUAUAAAUAUGAUGUAUUAUGUGCUAAGUGUAAACGAUAAAUGUAUUGUAAUUUGGCCAUAUUGAUAGUUGAAUAUAUAUAAAUCAAAGCAAAAAGUAAUGUUUAUUUAAAAACGAAACGAAAAAAAAAAUGGAAAAUUGUAUUUAAUUUAAUGGCAAUCACCAGAAAAAUCCAUAAAAAAAUCACAAAAAUAAAUAAAAAUAAUUUAUGAAGAAAAAAUAUACAUAAAAAUACAGAAAAAAAAUCACAAAAACGAUUCUAAUUGAGGAACGGUAACUGAAGGCUCCGCCGAUGAUUAAUUGCUUUCAGAUGAGUGGACAGAAAAUCGAAAUUGGUUUGGUAAUAAAUCCAAUAAGCAGCCAUCGAAACCCGGCCCGCAAUGAUGUCUCUAUAAUGGCCAUUUAUGCUUAUGAAUUGCUCUUUAAAUUUCGAUGCGUCUUUGCUACACAAGAAACGUGCCUUGGUUCCCUCAAUUUUCGAUACUCUGGCUCUGGCCCUCUAUAUUGAUCAUUUGUUAUGCAGCAUUUGUUGCUGGCCAUUGAACGCAUGAAUUAUGAGUUGUUUGGAGGCGUGAAAUGGCAUGUUCGUAGCGCAGUUGUUGUCGGUGGUUGGUGUUUUGGUGAAGUGCCAUAAGAACACAGUUUGUUGCCUAAGUCUUUUGUUUUACAGCGAUAACCCGGCCAGAAUGAUGGGCCAGGAAAACUCCCAAACGAACGCGUGUUAGCUGGCCAUUAAUCCAACAUACAUAGUUGAGCAAACUGCAAUGAUGACCCCAUUGGACCUUUUUUUCACUCGGCAUCCGGUUCCGCUGCACCUUGCCAAGGUUUUUGUUUCGACUUAUUGUUAUCAGUUAUCAGUUUUCCCAAUUGCAACAAAAAAAAAAAUAAAUGCAAACCUAUCGGCUGGGUAUAUCUCUGAGCAU